AUACUACUUCCGCUUUAAAAUGGCAGCCGCCUUGUGCAGUCGUGCUUUUUUUAAAUAUGCAUAUCCUACACAAAAUACAAUAUGUUUAAACAUAAUUUGUACUAGAAAAUUAUUUGGAAAGUCAAAAACAACUAAAGAAGAUGCUGAAAAAAUGUUAGAUGAUUUCGAUGCAACAAAACGAAAAUUAAUACCGGGACAUGACGGUCAAACAAUAAAAGAACGUUUAAAUACUUUAAGAGAAAAAGGAGGAUUAACAACUAAACGAGCUUAUAAGCCGCCUUCAAAUUACGAGGAACGGAUUGCAGAUAUAACGAAAAAAACUUGCCAAAAAGCCGACUAUAAAAGCGUCUCUUUGGAGGAUGCUUAUAUAAAAUAUAAACUCGUAUCGAGAUUUAUCGAAGAAUUUGAUCAUGAUGUUCCAGCAUCAAUUCUUACUGAAAUGAAAACUGUUGCGGAUUGCGUUGAGUAUUUUGGAAGAGAAGUUAAAAGAACAUCAGCACUAGAAGAUAUGAAGCAGCUAGACCUACCAAAGAAUUUAUCCAUAAUGUAUGAGUAUAAACGCUUCGAUCCAGAAACUGACACGUUUUUCGACGGAGUAACUGCAUUUCCUGGAAGGGACACAUACGUUAGAAGUUUAAAAUAUAAGCGAAAAUAUAAAAAUAUAAUAACAACUGAGAAGAAACCAGGUUACGCUAAUCAUUACUAUGGAUAUUAA